UGUGGGAAGCACGACUACUCCUGUAUCAGGUCGACGAAAAAGCAGCAACAACAGACUUAUCUCUGGAAGAUAAGAAUGCGCCUGCUGCAGAUGAUCAUAAUGGAACAGGCGAUGUGGAGAAUGAGGCCAACCCCAAUGACGGAGUUAAAAAAGUCUACGACAAAGGACAAGAAGAUCUUCAGCACGGCGUUUAC